UAACGAAGGCUUAGGUGCUUAAGGGUGAACGGAGAUUUAUUUUUCCUCCUGCUGCUUACAUAGCCAAACCUGAAGAUGGAAGAAAUGGAAGAGGAGCUCAAAUGCCCGGUGUGCGGCUCUUUUUUCCGCGAGCCGAUCAUCUUGCCGUGCUCGCACAACAUUUGUCUGGCCUGUGCUCGGAACAUCUUGGUGCAGACGCCGGACGCUGAGUCUCCGCAGGGCGGCCGCGCCUCCGGCUCGGCGCCCUCCGAUUAUGACUACCUGGACCUGGACAAGAUGAGUCUGUACAGUGAGUCGGACAGCGGCUACGGCUCUUACGGCGGCUUCGCGAGCGCACCCACCACCCCUUGCCAGAAGUCACCUAAUGGAGUGCGUGUAUUCCCUCCCGCUGCUGUUCCCCCUCCGCAACCUCAACACCAGCUGCUCCCGCAGCCCUUGGGCACACCACCGAUUCCGCGCAACGCCUGUCUGACGUGCCCGCAAUGCCACCGCAGCCUGACCCUGGACGAGCGUGGCCUGCGAGGCUUCCCCAAAAACCGGGUGCUCGAAGCGGUUGUGGACCGCUAUCAGCAGAGCAAGGCGGCAGCUCUGCGCUGUCAGCUGUGUGAGAAAAGCCCACGGGAAGCCACAGCCAUGUGUGAGCAGUGUGACGUGUUUUACUGUGAUCCGUGCCGCUUGCGCUGCCACCCGCCGCGGGGUCCGCUCGCCAAACACCGCCUCGUACCUCCCGCACAGGGACGCAUCAGCCGGCGCGCCAGCCCGCGUAAAACUUCCACCUGCACCGAGCAUGAACUGGAAAACCUCAGUAUGUACUGUGUACAGUGCAAGACACCCGUGUGCUACCAGUGCCUCGAAGAAGGCAAGCAUUCCGCUCAUGAGGUCAAGGCACUCGGAGCCAUGUGGAAGCUGCACAAGGGGCAGCUCUCUCAGGCACUGAACAUCCUGUCUGAUCGAGCCACUGAGGCCAAAGAGUUUCUUGUUCAGCUCAGAAACAUGGUGCAGCACAUACAGGAGAAUGGAGUUGAAUUUGAAGCGUGCUUGGUGGCACAGUGUGACGCACUGAUUGAUGCUCUGAACCGCCGGAAAGCCCAGUUAUUGGCCAGAGUGACCAAAGAGCACGAGCACAAACUCAUGGUGGUACGUGAUCAGAUUUCACACUGCACUGUGAAGUUGCGGCAGACAACAGGGUUGAUGGAAUAUUGUCUUGAGGUCAUCAAAGAAAACGACCCCAGUGGCUUCCUGCAGAUCUCUGAUGCUCUGAUUCGUAGGGUGCAUAUGACUGAGAGUCAGUGGGGUAAGGGCACACUCACGCCACGUAUGACCAGCGAUUUUGACCUGACACUGGACAGCAGCCCAUUACUACAAACUAUCCACCAGCUUGACUUUGUACAGAUGAAGGUACCUGCAGCUCCAAUCCUGCAGCUGGAGGAGUGUUGUAGCCAGACCAACAGUGCCACUUUGUCAUGGAAACAGCCUCCUCUCUCCACCAUUGCUGUAGAUGGCUACAUCCUGGAGCUGGAUGAUGGCAGUGGAGGGCAAUUCAGAGAAGUGUAUGUUGGCCCAGAGACGAUCUGCACAGUGGACGGACUUCACUUCAACAGCACGUAUAAAUCUCGUGUUAAAGCCUUUAACUCCAGCGGAGUGGGGCAGUACAGCAAAACACUCGUCAUGCAGACUUCUGAGACUGGACUUGCCUCAUGUGAUAUUAACACUCUAGCUACAGUUGCCUGGUUUACUUUUGACCCUGCGUCAGCCCAUCCAGACAUCAUACUGUCUAAUGACAACCUCACAGUCACAUGUAACAGCUAUGACGAUCGUGUUGUCAUGGGGAACACACCCUUCUCCCGUGGUGUACAUUACUGGGAAAUGACCAUCGAUCGCUAUGACAAUCACCCGGACCCUGCGUUUGGGAUCGCCCGAGGUGACGUGCUGAAAGACGUGAUGUUGGGAAAGGAUGAUAAAGCCUGGGCCAUGUAUGUGGACAACAACCGCUCCUGGUUCAUGCACAACAACUCCCACACCAACAGAUUUCCAUUUGAGAUCCAAUCACAAAAAAGAACGGAUGGAGGGAUUGGUAAGGGAGCGACAGUCGGAGUUCUGUUGGAUUUUACCCGCGGGAUUCUGUUGUUUCUUAUCAAUGAUGAGCAACAAGGUCCUGUGGCUUUCGACUCAUUGGAAGGUCUUUACUACCCUGCCAUUAGUCUCAACCGCAAUGUCCAGGUGACUCUUCAUACUGGACUGCCCAUUCCAGAUUUCUACACACUGGGGGAGUCAGACCCUUCAGGCUCCGUCUGCUGAAGUCCAACAUAACAAUACUCUCUCUCUCUCUCUCUCUCUCUCUCUCUGUCUGUCUCUCACGCACACAUACACAUUGUUGGAUAAGAUUUACACUGAUAUUCAGUUCUCAGCCGUUUAUGUGAAAUUCUGGGUUGGUUUAGAAGUUCAGUGCUUUUUAAUAAGCUUAGCUGCUAGUUCCAGCUGUUCAAAUGAAAUUAAUUUACUUUAUGACAAGCAGAGGCAGCAAGAGAGCAGAAAACUGCUGUACACUUCUAUUUGUAAUCCCAAAAAAGCCAUAGACUUUAUGUGUAGUUUUGAGAAUAUUAGACUACAUAUUGGAAAAACACUGAUAAAAAAAAAAAAAGGAUGUUGAUUUUCUCCCUCUCAUAAAACACUGCACAGCAUAGUUACGCUGCAACUUUAAGGCUUGCCUCUCAUUCCUCGUCCUCUAAUCUACUCCGUUUAAUCAUUGGUCAUUUCAUUUGAUAGAGGAGCAAGAUCAGCAUGGUGUCAUGCUUGCAAAUUUAUAACAAUAUGCGCAGCUCAAUUGAUAUGAAAAGGCCACAGUGAGUAGCAUUGCCACCGUGUAGCUGCAGUGUCCCUGGUUCAAACCUGAACCUGGGUUACUGUCUGUGUGGGGUUUUUUUUUGCAUGUUCCCAGGUUUCUUGCACCUCCCUAAAGCAUGCCGGAAGGUAGAUUGGCUCUAAAUUUCUCAAGGUAUGUGUACAUUGUUCCCUGGAAUCCCAUCCAGGGAGUAUUUUCUGCUCAUACCCUGGAGAUACACCGUGGCCCAUGGUUACUGAGUGGAUAGAUAGAUGAAUUAAUGAAUUUAUAUGAAAAGUUGCAACUGCCCCCUGCUGGUCAUGGUUAGAGUUAGUAGCAUUUCUACCUUUUCUUAUAACUUCAUUAAUAUGAUCAACUACAUCACCCUCACAAUCUCAGCAAUCUGUACAUAUGUUCUAGGCUCAGAAAAUGUUGUGAAAAAUAGUGACAGCAAAGUAUAAUUCCUUAGGUUUUAUUAUUAUUAUUAUUAUUAUUAUUAUUAUUAUUAUUAUUAUUAUUAUUAUUAUUAUAGUUGGUGCUAAAGCAUAAAAGCAUGUGGCUCUGGUCGUACAAGCCUAGUAUCUACCAGAGUCCAGGCAGAUUUUAUAUUAUUAUUAUUAUUAUUAUUAUUACUGAUCAUAUACUGUAUUGCUGAUCUGUGCAGAAGUGAAUAUGUGCAGAUAUAAAUUUAUAAAUCUGUAGAGGUUAUACAAUGCAGUUUACCAUUAUAAUUGGACUAUGUGCAGGCAGUUCAGUAUAAUGUGUUAAAUGGGAAAUUCAUAUACUGACUGAAAUGUCAGCGUGGCCUUUCCUGCGCUUUCUUUUUUGUAGAAAGCUGAGAAAUUUUUAGGACAUUUUGUCCUCACACAUUACAAAGUUACACUACAAAUACUGCACCCUAUUUGCCAAUAAAUGCUAUUACCAAUUUGUCAGGGAUUAGAAAAUAAAAACUUUAUGGUAUAAACUAUAAUCCUAUAUUACAGAUAUUUAACAGGAAAUAAAUAAAGAGGAGACACUAGGCUGUCUCUCAAUCAUAUAUACAGACACACACACAUACAGGCACAGCAUGAACACUUUCCACAACAGUCCACACAUAAUCAGCAGCAGUAAACACACACACACACAUACACAUUUCUCUCUUUCUGACCCCUCUGUUUGUUACUGCCUCAGAGCUGUACAGGCAAUUCGCUAAUCUUUAUUGAAAAACUGGUGCUGCUUCUGUUUAUAUGUCUGAAAAUUACAGUACUAUAUAUAGAUAGAAAGAUAUAUUUGUGUUAUUACCUGCAAUAUAAAAAAGCACAGCUUUAAAUGAAAAAAAAAAAUUCAUAAACUGGCAAUAUGUUUUAUGUUCUAGAAGUGCUAGAUUCCAUAGAGUGGAUGUUUGCGUGGCUCCAUGUCAUUAGAUGUGGGGGGUCCAGGCUGCUAAUGCUGUGGUGCAGUGAAAUAACUGCCUUUAUUUGCAUCACCAGACAUGUGUAGCCUACUUUAAAAUUCAAUUCCUGAGCCUGUUUGUCAAAUGACUGAUACAAAGAUACUCUUCGGACUGAUGAAGUGUGGCUAUGUUGUGGUGUAUGAAAAGAACUGUGUACACAGCAAAACAACAAAAAAAGCACCUACAGAACUGCGUGAAGACCAAUAAUGCUGAAGUAAAUCUUACAAUGUUUAUUUGAGGUGUGAAGGGAGACAAAUGAAUGUUGUAGGAGUGUAUCAAACACUGUAGGCCUUCAAUCAACACUAGUUUUGCUGUGUACAGAGCCAAAAGUGUGGGUCUAUGACUGUACAGGGGAUCUUUACUUUCUUUAUCAUAAAGUAAUCCCUAAUGUGAACAAUAAUUUUAUUACUUUAUUAUUAUUAUUACUAUUAUUAUUAUUAUUAUUAUUAUCUGGCGCUUGGUGCAUUCUGUAACUGUAAUACUAUAUUCAAUAAAUGGGUUGAGUCAAGUGAA